UUUGUACAAAUUGCCAAUUCCCAUCAACUUCAGGCGUCCAAGCAUUGUCCAAACGUUGUCCAAACGUUAUCCAAACGUUAUCAACCGUUGACGCCGAAGAUGCUCGUGGUGUCCCAGUGAAUUGCCACAUGUGAUCAAUCUCAUAUUAUUCUUACCGAACGAGAGCAACUGGUGGAGUUACUUCCUGAAUCAUAUCCUUCAUGAUUGGUUAUAAAAGGGGUCGUGGUCAUUUUUAUGCAAACUAUCCGUUACGCCUACCUAGGUACACUAUCGCUCAACCAUACAUCAGGGAUUUAGUGUUACCGUGCAGUCUGUCAGACCCCGCAAUUACUGACUAACUCUGAAAAUCUUUGAAAACAGCAACAUCGAACUUUCAAUUUGAGGAUUUCUUUCCCCUCCAAGCCCCAGGUCAAAGUGUGACGAAACACCCAAAGACCUGGAAAUCUCUACCCCGCAUUCUUCUAGUCCUGCACGAGGGCAGCUAAAAGUUGGAAUUGGAACGGUGCGAGAGACAGCAUAAGAAUCGCGGGGACCCCAAGUUUAAAAGAUGGUUUUAUCCUCAGCAUCUGACGAUCUGGCCGUACAUCACUCGCAUUCCGAUAACACCAUGGGCAGCAUUCAUAAUCACGAUCGCAUUGAGAACAAUGAGAAGCCUCUGCACUUUCCGGAGGAUGACCAUCUCAAUGUCACGUCGUCGACGAAACAGAUGAUUAAGGAUGCGAGGGCUUCUACGGAAAAAGAGCACAACAUGACAUUGCUUCAGGGAAUCAAAUUGUAUCCUAAAGCUAUUGCAUGGUCCCUUCUGAUCUCGACAUGUAUUGCUAUGGAAGGAUACGAUUUGUGUUUACUCAGUAACUUUUGUAAGUUCAGUAUAAUUCAGAAAUGGUUGCGAUACUUAUCAUCCUUUAGAUGCAUUUCCUCAAUUCAAUGAGAAAUACGGUGAGCAAUUACCCGAUGGAACAUGGCAGGUGCCAGCUAAAUGGCAAGCCGGAUUGAGUAAUGUAAGUCAAGAAUUGCAUCACUAACAUAUGGAAUUCACUUACUCACGUGUUUCUUUUACCAGGGUGCCAAUGUUGGUGAAAUUAUUGGUCUCUUCAUUAAUGGUUGGGUUUCGGAGAAAUUUGGAUAUCGAUACACGGUUAUGACGUGUUUGAGUCUCAUUAUUGCAUUCACGGCCAUUUUCUUCACAGCUAAAGAUGUCAUUGCACUGGAAAUUGCUGAGAUUCUCUGCGGUAUUGUAAAUUCGCCUCAAGCGCCCUCCCCAAGAUUUUUGCUAAUAUUUUCGAUAGCCAUGGGGAGUUUUCCAAACACUUACAGUCACUUAUGCUUCAGAAGUUUGUCCUCUUGGACUUCGUGGAUACCUCACUACCUAUGUUAACUUCUGUUGGGGACUGGGUCAAGUCAUUGGAAUCGGUGUUAUCAAAGCAAUGUUACCACGCACGGACGAAUGGGCAUACCGGAUUCCUUACGCUCUUCAAUGGAUGUGGCCAGUCCCGCUUUUAAUUGGUAUCUCACUCGCCCCGGAAUCUCCGUGGUGGCUUGUUCGAAAGGGAAGAGUCGAAGAGGCUAAGAAAUCACUUCUUCGAUUGACGAGCUUGAACAAGGAGACGGACUUCGACGCUGAUGAAACUAUUGCGAUGAUGGUUCAUACUACGGCAAUUGAGGAGAAAAUUACUAAAGGAGCUAGCUAUAUGGAUUGCUUUAGGGGAGUGGAUAGACGUCGAACUGAGGUAAUUAUUUUUCGUGUUAUCACGUUUCAGCCAAUAGUAACUGACACCAAAUAGAUCGUUUGCAUGGUAUGGGCAAUGCAAAAUCUGAGUGGAAACUCCUUCUCGGGCUACUCUUCUUAUUUCCUCCAGCAAGCUGGUCUACCCACCUCAACAUCCUACGAUUUCGCUCUAGGUCAAUAUGGUAUCAACAUGGCCGGAGUGUUCGGAGCCUGGUUCUUGAUGAGUAUGGGAAUUGGCCGACGAUCUCUCUACCUCUACGGCCUCUGUAUAUUAUGCGCUAUGCUUUUCAUCCUUGGCUUUCUUGGUCUCGUUCCUGCAUCGCAUAAAUCCGAGGCAUCACUAGCUACUGGCUCUAUCAUGUUGGUGUGGGCAUUAGCUUAUCAACUUUCCGUCGGAACGGUCUGUUAUUCUUUGGUUUCGGAGCUGUCUACAAGGAGACUUCAGAUCAAGACAGUGGUCUUGGGUAGAAACUUAUACAAUGUCGUGGGUAUCGUUUGCAGUGUCAUUACGCCCUAUAUGCUUAAUCCCGGCGCUUGGAAUUGGAAAAAUUAUGCAGGGUUCUUUUGGGUAUGUUGAUAGCUUGCCCCAUAAUAUACUUCCAUUGAUUUUCAUAUACUGAUGCAUAGCAGGGCGGAAUUUGUUUCCUUUGCAUCAUCUACACUUAUUUCCGUCUUCCAGAGCCCAGAGGCCGAUCCUUCGCCGAACUUGAUCUUCUUUUCGAGAGAGGCGUUAGUGCGAGAAAGUUUUCAAGUACAAAAGUGGACGUUUUUGAUGAUGAUGUCAGUGUGGAUAAUACGAGUGUGGUGAAAAGUUAUGAUGAAAAAGUCCUUGCUGGCGUGGUCACAAAGGAUGUUUGAGCAGCCUCGUGAUGGUUUGGUCGUAAGGUUUGAGUUAUCUUUUGGGUCUUGAAAAUCAUGAACAAGGUGACAGGGACUGAUGCAGACAGCGGAAAAGCAAUAAUUAAUGAUCGUCAGAGAAGUAACGAAGGGAGAUUUGCAAUGCAUCUGCUUUAAUGGGUUAAAGAACGGACGGAGUUGGGACUUAUAUACAUAUUGAUGAUGCAUGGGAUGAUUGAUUGAUGAUGCGAAAAAAUGGGCAUGUUAUUGACUUUUAAUUAACUGUAAAUACUCCUUUAAUGACAAAAUUC